UCAGUUUGAAAAUUGUAUUCCACAACAUUAGCAAAAAUGUUCAAAUUCGCCUUUGUUAUCUUUGCCCUUAUUGCUUGUGCCGCUGCUAAGCCUGGCUUUUUGGCUGCAGCUCCUUUGGCUUACACCGCUCCAGCUGCCGUUGUUGCUGCUCCCGCUCCAGUUGUCACCGCCACCAGCAGUCAAUUCAUUGCCCGUAACCACAAUGGUAUUGCCACUGCUCCCGUAGUUGCCCCAGUAGCUGCUCCCUUGACAUACACUGCUCCUUUGGCUUACUCCGCUUCCUUGCCUUUGUCUUAUGCUGCUGCUCCAGUUUUGUUUUAAAAACUGUAAAGAUUUGAUACAUGAUGCCGAAAUAAAUUGAAUUCCUAAGAACAAAAAUAA